UACUUUUCGAAAGAUAUGAGUCUUUUUACGUGGUUUUGUCUGAUUUUUCCAAUCAUAUUAUUGUUUUAUUUUUACGUCAAACGGAAAUAUUCUUAUUUUGAAGAGCGAAAUGUUCCGUUCGUGAAGCCCGUACCGCUGAUAGGCAACAUGUUUUUGCCAGUGCUAAAAGGCGAGAGCAUUGUCGAGGCUUUUGUGAAAUUAGCAACUGAAUUUAGAAACGAGCCGUUUAUUGGAUCAUUUGAGUUUUUGAGUCCCGGCUUGAUAAUUCAAGAUCCAGAAAUAAUUAAACAAGUCACUGUGAAGAAUUUUGAUAAUUUUGUGAACCAUCGAGUAUUUACGGAUAGCGUUUCGGAUGAAUUGCUGAAUAAUUCCCUGUUGCUGAUGAAAUUUCAAAAGUGGCGCGACAUGCGAGCAGCUCUCAGUCCCGCUUUCACUGGCUUAAAAAUGCGGAUGAUGUUUGACUUGAUGAAAAAAUGUGCGGAAAAUUUCGUUACUUAUGGACGGGAACAGUGUGCCAAGGAAAAAAAUCGUCGCGUGACAAUCAACCCGAAAGAAAUUUAUUCCAAAGUGACGGUAGAUAUUAUUUCAACAUGUGCCUUCGGCUUGGAAGUGGAUUCGUUGCGACAUUCUGACAACGAGAUGUACAUCAAUGCUCAACGAUUGUCAAAUAUGGCAAAUGUUUGGUUAGCUCUUAAAUUUAUUGUGCUUAGCGUUGCACCAAAACUCGGAAAAUGGUUGGAUCUGACAAUUCUACCCAAAGAAACUGGAAAAUUCUUCAAACAUCUCAUUGGAAAAACAAUUUCUUUCCGGAAGGAAAACAAUUUUUACCGUCCAGAUAUUUUACAACUUCUGAUCGAAGCCAAGGAUGGAAAAUUAAAAUUCGAAUCAGACCAGGUUGCUGACGAAGUGGGCUUUGCCACAAUUGACGAAUCGGAUGUCGGCAGACGUGAGGUGAAACUUGAAUGGACUGACACUGAAAUAACGGCACAAUGUCUCAUUUUUUUCCUCGGUGGCUUUGAAACGGUUUCAACUUUGAUGAAUUUCGCAUCGUAUGAGUUGGCAAUCGACACAACUAUUCAAGAUAAAUUAUAUCGUGAGAUAAAACACACCAAUGAUAUGCUAAAUGGAGGACCAAUUACUUAUGAUAUCCUUAUGAAACUACCGUAUUUGGACGCUUUUAUUUGUGAACUUUUGAGAAAACAUCCCGGACAACCCGGUUUCGAUCGGGUGUGUAAUGAAGAAACACUCAUCGAAAGUGAUGAUGGCAAAAAAUUUACAAUUCCAAAGGGAAUGGUUAUUUUUGUCAAUAUGUUUGGCAUGCACUAUAAUCCAAAGUAUUUUCCAAAUCCCGAGAAAUUCGAUCCGGAAAGAUUCUUGGGGGAAAAUAAGAAAAAUAUUAAGCCUUAUACUUAUAUGCCGUUUGCUUUGGGACCUCGAGCUUGUAUUGGAUCCCGUUUUGCUUUGAUGCAAGCAAAGUUAUUAUUGUACCACGUGGUGCUAAAUUUCGAGAUCGGUAUUGGACCUAAAAUGUGCAUUCCUUUUCGAUACAAGAAAGGCUUUAAAAUUGAACCAGAAGGCUGUGUUGUUGACCUAAUAGAACGACAGGCAUAAAUAAAUUUCAAUGUCUAAUUAUGUGACUCACGCAUUUUAUUAUAUAAUUUAUAUAUGGCUUGCACGAAACUUA